AUCAUCCGGGAGCAAAGCAGGACAAGUUUGGGCCCCGGAAGGACCAACGGCUUUCAAGUGUCUCAUCUCAGCCAGGUUCUGUGCAGCGCUCUUAAGCAACAUCUCUGAUUGUGAUGAGACGUUUAACUAUUGGGAACCGACACACUACCUCGUUUAUGGAAAGGGGUUUCAGACGUGGGAAUACUCUCCAGCCUAUGCCAUCCGCUCCUACGCUUACUUGUGGCUUCAUGCCUUACCAGCCUUGUUCCACGCUAGAGUUCUACAAACUAACAAGGUUCUUAUCUUCUAUUUCCUCCGAUGCUUCCUGGCCUUCCUGAGCUGCGUUUGUGAACUCUACUUCUACAAGGCUGUGUGCAAGAAGUUCGGGCUACAUGUGAGCCGGCUGAUGUUGGCCUUCUUAGUACUCAGCACUGGGAUGUUUUGCUCAUCCGCAGCUUUCCUCCCAAGCAGUUUCUGCAUGUACACCACGGUGAUUGCCAUGACUGGCUGGUAUAUGGACAAGACUUCCGUAGCAGUGCUGGGGGUGGCUGCUGGAGCCCUUCUGGGCUGGCCUUUCAGUGCAGCUCUUGGGCUUCCUAUUGCCUUUGACUUGUUGAUACUGAAGCAGAGGUGGAAAAGUUUCCUCAACUGGUGUGUGGUGUCACUGAUCCUGUUUUUGGUGCCCUUGGUAGUUGUGGACAGCUAUUACUAUGGGAAGCUGGUAGUUGCACCUCUCAACAUUGUUUUGUACAAUGUCUUCACCUCUCACGGACCUGAUCUCUAUGGUACGGAACCCUGGUCCUUCUAUUUCAUCAACGGCUUUCUGAACUUCAACGUGGCGUUUAUUUUGGCGCUGCUUGUGCUGCCACUGACUUGUCUCAUGGAGUGUCUGCUUCAGAAAUUUCAUG